AUGGCCGCCAUCAUGAACCCACAGUUCAUGAAUUUCUGCUUCCCGGGCUCAGCGAUGGACGGGGGUCUCCCGGGCGAAUCGGAAAAGGAGGAGGAUUACAAGGAGACAACCAGGGAGCUGCUAAGCUUCAUGGACUCAGCCUCCAGCAACAUCAAGCUGGCCCUGGACAAGCCAGUCAAGUCCAAGAGGAAAGUCAACCACCGCAAGUAUCUUCAGAAGCAGAUCAAGAGGUGCACUGGGAUAAUCAAUUUGACAGACUCUGCAGGGAAGGGGCCCGGAUCCCCAACCUCGUCUGGCAAAACUGUCCCCAAGCGGGACGGUGUCCAGGCUAGCCUGCAGAACCGCAGCCUUGCCGCCCUCUUCAGCCCAGCCAAGGAAGUUCGUGGCGAGAAAGCCAGGAAGCCGCCUCUGCGGCAUCGCAACCUGCCGCCAUCGUUUUUCACCGAGCCGGCCAACAGUGCCAAAGUCAAUCCCGCUAUGGGACUCUGUCUGCGCGAUCUGGAGCGAGCAAACCCAGAAGCGGCUGACUUCUUUGACCUGCUGGGACCUGAAUAUGUCGGCGGGGCGGCCGAGCAGGAACUCUACCAAAGCGCGCCCAGCCAGGACCACGCUGCCGCCGCCUCCUAUGAUACUCACCACCUCACCGGAGGCCUUCCGUACCCAGACUCGUGGACUAACUGCUCACCAACUCUGUCCAGGAAACACCCUAUUCCUUGCCAACCGCCGCUCUACUGCCACCCGGAGGCCAGCGCUCCUGUAGGCAUGGAGGAUAACGCACUUUGCUCGUUGGCUUUCUCCAACUUUUUCACAGACUGCUCUGUUCCUCAGGUCAACUACGACUUUAGUGGAGACUACAACAGGACUCAUUAUUCAUCUCUAUGA